AUGCGUUCAGUAAAAAGUGUUAAGCGAAAUUGUAGUACUAAACAUGCUUACAAAAAUAAAUCAUAUAAAAAAAAGGCAGCUAAGAAGGCCCUUCUUUCUUUAAGAGAGUGGAAAAAAACCACAUAUUCAAAUUGCGUUAAUAAUAAAUGUUAUGAUUUGGAUGAAAUUAUUAAAAGUAAUACCAUUUACGGUGAUGUACCAGAGACAAAACCACUUGACACUAACGAAAAAGUAACAUUUAAAGUUAGUGACAAAAAGAACAAAAAUAUUAAUAAUGCUCUUUCUGUGGAUGUCAAUUCAAAUGGUUCUAAAAAAAUAAUGAAACCUUCUGUUGAUAGUGGUGUUGUUACAAAUUUAGAAAAUACUUCUAGAUCUUCAAGUCCUGCAUCACAAACGUCUAGUGUUUCUAGAACUCAUCCUACUUAUAGUAAUUCAUUUUUUGAAAGUGUAACAAACUUUGUUCAGACUGCUGUUAAUUCAGUAUCAGGACAAAAAACAUAUCCAGGAUUAAAAAUUAAUCAUAGUGGAGGAAGACGUGGUAGUCAUAAACUUGCCCUAAGAGAUAUCAAAUUUUGUGCUAAUAUGUUGGAUAAAUACGGUGAAGAUUUUGAGACUAUUUCUAAGUCUGAAGACAAUGUUUACAUGGAUACAGCUCGUGGUAUUGAAAGAAAAAUUAAACUUUUUAAGGAAUCACCAGAGUAUGAAACAUAUAAAAAGGCAAAAGAAGAGGGAAAAUCAUUUGAAUCAAUGUUGGCAUCUAAUUAA